GCGACUUGUCAGUCGGCCGCGAGCAGCAGCAGCAGCAGCAGCAGCAUGGCGCAGCCUGUCUUCCAGAAGAGCAAUCCGAUCUUAGGCCGCGGCAACUACACCGCCAAGCUCACGCCGGAUGGGAAGCAGCAGAAGUUCAAGCUCGUGCGGGGCAUGAUGAUCGACUCGUCGCUGCCGCAGCAGCCGUCGAUGCUUGCGACGCGCGCCGACAAGCACGACGAGGGCCGCUUCACGACGACCGCCCGCGACAUUGGCCAGCUGCCCGAGCUCGAAGAGAGCAAGUUUGCGCCGGCGAAUGCGACCAAAGUGCUGCGCUUCUACGCCUUCUUUGAAGAGACGGUCGACGAGAGCCCGGCUGAGCUCUUUCGCCUUCGCCGCACGAUGCUGCUCUUCUACUUGCGCGACGACACGAUUGAGAUCAUCGAGAACCGCGUCGCCAACUCGGGCUUGCCCCAAGGCACGUACCUCAAGCGCGGCAAGCUCAUGAAGCCCAACAACGCGGGCCAUUACCGCUUUGACGAUAUUUUCAUUGGCAUGAACUUUCCGAUCUUUGGUCGCACGUUCAAGCUCUACAGCUGCGACGCGUUCACGCGGACGUACUACGCCGAGAACGCGUUUGAGCUGUCGCGCAACAUUGAGAUUCCAAAGGACGAGUACACCAUGACCCGCGACGAGAUCUCCAAGCUCUGCGGCGGCGAGCCCGGUCACUUUUACGGCAAGAAGAACAGCGCGCUCAAGACGUUUAUGGAGGCGACGCUCGGCAACCACGGGCUCAACAGCGCCAAGAAGGCCAAGUUCUUAUCCAACGCGCGCAAGGUGCUGCACUUCGAGUGCGAGUACGACGACCGGCAAAAGCUCUACGGCGACCUCACGCCGUACAGCCUCAACUACUUUCUCGAAGACGAUACGAUCGAGAUCAAGGAGGUCGAGCGGCCCAACUCGGGCAGGGACCCGUUCCCGCUGCUUCUGUCGCGCUCGCGCCUCUUGAAAGCGUGGGAACAUGCGAUCCACGACGAGCAGGACCGCGGCGUCGAAGAGCCGACGGGCCGCGACGCUUACUACAACGAAGACGACCUCUUUGUCGGCGCCGUCCUCAACGUCUACAGCCGUUCGCUCAAACUCGUCGACGCCGACGAGUACACGCGCGCGUACUACAAGGAGGCGUGGAACCUCGACCUCGAAGCGCCAAAGUACACACCCCCGGCGCCCAAGGAGAACGAGAAACCCGCGCCGCCGCCGUACACGGGCUACGGCACCGAAGAAGACUCGAUGGGCUCCGUGACGCAUUUGGUGCCCAAAGUCCCCAAGAAGGACUUUAUCAAGAUGACGACGAACGACCACAAGCUCCUCCGCUUCAGCGCGCGCAUGGUCUCGAGUCGGCGCGAGCAAGCGGCGCGGCGGUUCAUUGUGACGUUUUACCUUGCGGACGACACCAUCUCGAUCUACGAGCCGGAGCAGCGCAACUCGGGCAUCGUGAGCGGCAAGUUCCUCGAGCGCGGACCGCACAAGAGCCCCGCGGGGGUCCGCUACGGCCUCAACGACUUCUUCAUCGGGAACGAGCUCAGCUUCAACGCGUACAAGUUUCUCAUCUUUGACGCGGACGACUACACCAAGCACUACUUUGGUAUUCCUACCUCGUCCUAAACAUUCGAAUAUACAAUGUACAUUAAUGCGCCA